UCUCCGCGAGGUGUCGCUGUUUCCCGGGGGGAGUGAGAGACUGAGGGGGGAGAAGAAGGAGAAGAAGCGGCGGCUCCUCAGUGUAAAGCGGGGCCCGGGGGUCUCUCUCUUCUCUUCCCGCUAAUCGGGGGCCAUGGAGCGGGGGCCGCGCGGGGCCGGACUCGCCUGUUUCCUCCUCAUCGCGGGGAUCGGACUGGAGAUCGGCCGGGGGGCUGCGGGGGAAGACACCAAGUCUUGGGGCCCUUUGCCAUUGAAUGGAAGUAACAUGUUAGAAGAAGUCCAAAACUCAUCAAAGACUAUAGCACCCGAUGAAGAGUUCCCAUUUCCCCUAUCACCUGAACCUGUCUUCUUUAGAUCUACCAUCACCCAGUCACAAGAUCUUUUACAAACUGGGAGUUAUGCAAACUCGAUUGUACCAAAUUCCAACACUGAUGUUUUGGUGGACCAAGUUAUACAAGACUCAACCUUUCAUUUUCAGUGGACCACAUCUAUGGCCUCCUCUCAUGAAUCAUCUAAUUCAGUGGUCUCAGAUGCAUCACCUGGACUGAGUUCUACAGUCCUUUAUUCUUCAAUCACCAGGGAAACGGGACAGUCCCUUGUAUUUCUAGAGUCUAGUAUGAACAAUCCUGCCUUUAUUUCUCCAGAACACAUUGUGGCUACCUCUGCUGUGAUUGCCCGUGAAGCAUCUUCAUAUGGAGAACAUUUAUCAGUAUCAUCAAGUUUAGAAGAGUGCAGCUCAAUUUUUUGGACAGAUACUUUGUCCCAGUCUGACAUUAUUGAAGAUACACUUGGGGGUUCUAAUGCACAGCCUACUACUUCUCUCGAUGCCCCAGUUAUUCAACAGACUAGCAAACCAAUUGAAACCAUUUCAAGGGAUGCCAACUUCCUUACAAGUGGAAAUGCUUUACAAAGUAUAUUUUCAAUAUGGCAGUCAAGUACAAAAGUUAUUACCCCCAGCCUUUAUAUGUCUUUGUCAACCAUUCCUCUUGACUCUGAUGGUAUUGAUCUUUCUAGCAGUCCUCUGGUGACAAGCGGAGACAAAAGCCUCACAGCAAUUUCUAGUCCUACUUCCAAUCUAGCACAUGAGAUAUUGGACCUUAGUUUGAAUGUUGCUUCAUCCAAGCUUCAGUCAGGGGAACAAUUAGAAAGCAUAUCAAUUAAACCAUCAGCAUUUGGUGGAGAUAAAUUUUUGACCAGCAUGGUGCCAGAUUUGGAGGUUGUAGAAGAGUCCACUCAUGAAAUCUUUGUCAGCGUCUUCCCAUCAGUGCCGGUUACUUCAUUGUCUUCUUGGCAGCUGGAGAGUUCAGUAGCUCCCAUGGAUUUCUCAAGCCUUUUAGAUACCAGCUUUAUGGAAACACCAUCUUCCACCCUUCUACAGUCCCUUAGUAGAGAACCGGAACCAUAUGAUUUGUCUGUACUUGGCAACACAAUGGCCAAAUCAACUUUUAUGGAUUUCUCAAGUCUUUUAGAUACCAGCUUUAUGGAAACACCAUCUUCCACCCUUCGACAGUCCCUUAGUAGAGAACUGGAACCAUAUGAUUUGUCUGUAAGUGGCAACACAAUGGCCAAAUCAACUUUUAUGGAUUUCUCAAGUCUUUUAGAUACCAGGUUUAUGGAAACACCAUCUUCCACCCUUCUACAGUCCCUUAGUAGAGAACCGGAACCAUAUGAUUUGUCUGUACUUGGCAACACAAUGGCCAAAUCAACUUUUAUGGACUCAACCUUUUAUGCCACUGACUCUUUGGUACUGGAAUCACCCCUUGCCUCUACUGCUGAUACAUAUAGGACUCUCACGACCCUUGACCAAUCUCUUUUUGAAACUGUGAACGCAAUAAAAGACACGGCAUCCACCAAUACUGAAUCUGUUAUGUAUUUUAGUGAAACACUGUUUCCUUUGGAGGAAUCUGAGACCUUUUCCUAUGUGUUCUCUUCUCACCGGCCAGUGGUUUCUCUUCUUGAACCAAGCAGCACGUUGCCUUCAUUUUCUGAAGAAAUGCCUACAUCGCUCUUUCCUAUGGAAUUUAGUGAACCGUCAUCAAUCUUUUCUCAGGGCUCAUCUGCUGUGAUUUCAACGCCGGAAUUAUUUUUCAGUAGCUCUGCGCUGGAGUCCAGUUCAUUAUCAACAGUGGACACUAUGGAUUUUGCACCUUGGCAAACCUCAACUCCUUACUUAAUUGCCUCACCUACUCCAUUUUCCAUCAGUGGUGGGGGAGAGAACAGUUCAAGUGUCUUCUCAGAGUCUUCAGAGCUUUGGGAGGCAACAUCCUCCUUACAGUUGGAGUCUGAGUUUCUGUAUACCUCAAGUUUUAAUGGUGCUAUCUCCACAUUGCUGCCUUUGUCCCCAGUUUCUGAUGCAGAUACCGUGGUGCAGUCGCUCUACACUUCCACCUUUGAUUAUUAUACCAGCAGUGACCUGGAUACAGAAAGUCUUCAGACAUCUUUAGUAACAACAUUUUAUUUAAGUUCAUGGAUGUCCAUGUCUGUAUUUGAUGGAAAUACAGUUGUUACUCCAGAAAGCCCUUUGCAGACACAUGAACUGAGUGUAACCCCAACAAUAAACUUAUCACCCACCUUAAGUGAACUUUCCAGCCUGUUAGAGAGCUUUGGUGAUAUGUCCAUCUUGAGCUCAACAACCACCUUACCCUUGUUGUCCACAGAGAGUAUACAGAGUACCCCAAGUCUUCUAGAUACCAUUAGUGAUAUGCCCACCCUAAGCAUUGAAACCACCUUCAUCUUACCACCUUCUUUGACUGUACCAUCCAACCUGAGUAUGCCAUACACAGUUAGUGAGAUUCCAUCCACUUCAUACUUACUACCCACAUUGAGUGAGGCUCCUACUUUAACCAUGUCAUACACCAGUGAUAUACCAGCCACCUUACUGUUACCAACCACCUGGAGCGAACAACUCAGUCUGAGUAUACUGGAAACAUCCAGUUAUAUGUCCAUCCUGCCAACAACUUCAUUGUUAACACCAAGUGUACAGCCACCUUUCACUCUCAGUGAUAUAUCAACCACCUUGCUAUUGUCACCAACUCUGAAUAUAGAAACCAGCCUCAACGUGCCAGACACCUCCAUUUUUAUUGAAACCAUUCCAUCAAGCUUUGUCGCACCACCAACCACAAGUGCUCCCUCCAUCUUAAGUAUGUCAUUUACGGCCACUGACAUAUCAACCAUAUCCAUACCAGCUACUCCACAGGUGUCACCCACCAUGUUUGUACCUCCCAUUGUGACUGUGUCAUCCAUUUCAAGUAUAUUGACCACCCUAAGUAUUUCUUCCGCUAUCAGUUUGUAUCCCAGCACUAGUUUGCCCAUUAACCCUGGUGCUCCUCAUACUUCAAGUAUCAUUCUUUCUCCGACCCGUAGCUCAGCUGCUACUGUGGCACCUACAGCUUCUACACCAAAUCCACCUGCCAAUACAGAGGUUCCUAGUACUGUAGAAACAGUCGCUACAGAAGCAACAACAUAUACAAGCCCAUCUCCCGGGCCUACAAAAAGUCCUUCAACUUCUGUUCAUCCCUUUACAUCUCCGGGGCCUACAAAAAGUCCUUCAACUUCUGUUCAUCCCUUUACAUCUCCGGGGCCUACAAAAACUCCAACCUCUGUUCAUCCCUUUACAUCUCCGGCUGUAUUCACAACAUCCGCUCAUCUGACCACGACCAGGCCACCACUCGUGUGCGAUGUCUCUAAUCCUGAACCGUAUUUGGUUAAAGCAGUUCUAGCCAGAGGUGCCAGCAUAGACAGUGUAACAGAAUCCAUUAAGGAGCUACUAUCUAAACACUUUAAUCAUUCAGUGGAGUUGGAGGUUUACACUCUGGAUCCAGGGUUCUCCUUCAUGGCCACCUCGGGGCCAUAUGUCUACACGUCAAUAGCCGUUGAAAACAUCCUGAGCUACAGCAGCCUCUUCAUGGGACUCUCCCUGUCCAUCCUUUCCCUAGAGACGGCAAAUAUGGGGCUUGACCAAAGAUUCCAGAUCCAGACUGUUCUCCAGUUUGUACCACAGUCAGUUGACAUCCGACUUUGCACCUUUAGUGAACAGAUACAGAAGGGACUAAGUCUAGCGAUGUAUGAAGUGAGAAAGUGGCGCCAGGAGUCUGAUAACUUCACUGUGCAGAUACUGAACAUUACUUCUGCCUCUCGGGGAGCAGUUUGGAAAGCGCCUGUGACUGUCUCUUAUGGCGUCAGGGAUCGAAGCGGUUUCCUAAAUGGCUCUGAUGUCAGCGACCAACUGCGGAACCUCAGCCUGGUGGAAUUCAGUUUCUUCUUGGGGUUCCCUGUUAAACAGAUCGCUGAACCAUCUCUGUACCCUCAGCUCGAUGUGUCCCCUCUGCUCAAGGACUCCUGGCUGCGUACAGUUCUGCUGGGGGUGGUGGAACAGCAGCUUCGAGGUGAAACAUUUCAGGCUGAUAUUGAGCGGAAACUGGCGCAGCUCAUCAGCGAGGCGAGCUCCCAAAUGCGCCGGUGGAAGAGAGCCAGCUUCGCAGGCAGCAGAACAGUGCAGGUUGUGAACGUCUCCAGGCUGGAUGGUUCUGAGGACCCGGUGCAGUUAGUAUAUUUCGUAGAGGAUCAGUUUGGGAAGCGCUUACCUGCUGCUGACGUGUCCAGCCUGAUUAAUGAGGUCAACGUCCAGCGGGCGGCCAUUAUUCUGGGGUACCGGGUGCAAGGCAUUGUGGCUCAGCCCCUUAAUCAAGCCCAAGAAGCCGACCGCCAGGCCCAGAACCUGUGGAUCAUCGUGGGAGUGGCGGUGCCGGUGUUGGUGGUGACGGUGAUCAUCGUUAUCCUGUAUUGGAAGUUGUGUAGGACGGACAAGUUGGAUUUCCAGCCGGACACAAUGAGUAACCUGCAGCAGCGGCAGAAGCUACAGGCCCCCAGCGUUAAGGGCUUUGACUUUGCUAAGCAGCACCUGGGGCAGCACAGUAAAGAGGACGUCCUUGUGGUCCAUGAGCCUCCGCCUCCCAUUCUGCACGGACCCCUCAAGGAUUCCACCCCCUCGGAAAAUGGGGAUUUCCCAACCCCUAAGUCAAAGGGCUCGUCCAAACCCCCCAAAGUGGGGCGUCAUCGGGGAAGCAGGGUCACCCCGUCGGAUGCAGGAUCUGUUGCCAGCGAUGGUUCUAGCGGUAAGGAGUCUGCUGAGGAAACAUCACCCAGACCUUCUGCGCCUCCACGAGAAGCCAAAGUCCGCUCAUCGGCCAUUGGAGAGCUGCCCAUGUUCAGCAGUGGCACCGAGCAACACUCCUCGGCCUCCAUCUUUGAACACGUGGACAGGAUCUCUCGCUCCUCGGAGGCCGGCCGCCGCCUCCCCAGCAAGAUCCAACUCAUCGCAAUGCAGCCCAUAGCCGCACCCCCCAUGCACGGACUGUCUGUGGCCGAACGGGAAGCCGAGGUCAACAAGAUCAACAGGGAGAUUCAGACCACUCUCAGGCACAAGUCAGAGAUAGAGCAUCACCGCAACAAGAUCCGGCUCCGCGCCAAACGCAAAGGACAUUAUGAGUUCCCCUUGGCGGACAUGGUGGGCAUUACGGACACCAAGGAGCGGCAGCGCAUGUACCGCAAAGCUCAGAUGCAGUUCGAUAAAAUCCUGGAUCCGGUCAGCGGGAUGCCAACUGUCUUCAUAGAGCAGCGGAAGAGCUCCCGGUCACGGCGCUCCCCCAAACAGAGGCGCAGACAGCAAGGAUCUGGGAGCCCCCCGGAUGCUGAUCGAGAUCGCUUAAUUACUACUGAUAGUGAUGGGACCUACAAGCGACCCCCGGGGGUCAGCAACUCAGCUUAUGUGUCUGACCCAGACCUUCCUUCCGAUGACCCCACUCCAGUCGCCGACCUGGGGAAAUACUCGAGCUCCCCCCAUCGUGUUCCACCUCCCGCACAGUAUGUUCCACCCCAGCCUUCCAUUGAAGAAGUCCGACAAACAAUGCAGUCCCUGCUGGAUGAUGCAUUUGCACUGGUGGCCCCCAGCAGCCAAGGGGUUACGGUCCCAGUGGCCGGACAAGCUGCGACAUCUGAGCAACAACCUGCAGACAGCACUUCAGCCCACGGCGGCCGAGGGACUAAACCCUGGGUCUAUCCCCCUCAACAACCAUCUCAGAGGUUCCCAGAAUACGGGAUCCCCCCGGCAACUGCCCCCAGCCAUCUAACCAGAAGCCCUGGUUUUAGUUCAGGCUUCCUGCCCCCAGCAGAGGUGGUACCAACUGAAUCUCAGCAGACUGAAGCCUCUUAUCCUGCCAGAGGGCUGUUCCCAGAGGACGUCUCUUCUUUAGCAAGACCCCGGCCACUAGGGAGCACUGCAGGUCCUGCCCAGAUUCACCAUCUGACACAAGUUGGCAUCGCUAGCAGAAUGGGUGUGCCAUCCACCGACCUACCAUCUCACAGGGGUGGACAACAACCAGCAUUAACUCCCAGCUGGUCAUCCUAUUAUCUGCAAGAGGAGACUCAACGGAACGUACAUAGUCACUCACAUGGACUGCAGGAAUAUGGAGUGUUCCCAGGCAACAGAGGUCCUGCCCGUCAGUCUGCGGCCACCGCUCAUCUCCAACCCUCCAUCUGUUACCCAUCUGGCUCAGCAGAAGACCUUCACCCCGGCCACUCCUCAGCCUCCCUCAUUAAGGCCAUCCGGGAGGAACUCCUGCGCCUGUCCCAGAAACAAGCGGUGGUGACCAGUUACCACAGCUGAUAAGGGCUGGGCAGGACGGAGAAGUAGCUGCUUCCUAUGGAAGCCAGAGGCAAGUUGGAGAGUUGUUGGAGGAACCAAGGAACAUUUUAGAGGACAGUGAGAUGGGUCAGCCAACAUGUUCAAAGGCAUUGUUAAGAGAACUGGAGAUCUGGAGUCCAAGUUAACACUGUCACAUGCACCUACCUGCCCUGACCAGGGUUGGUUAUGGAAUCUAUCCUUGGAGGAUGAGGCACCGGAGAACACUGGUGUGUAUAUCACUGCUAAUGGUGGACUCUAGCCUUGUGAACUCUAGGGUAGACUCUGUCCAAGCUGCACUUGCUACACAGUCAGUUGUCCUCAAUUGAGAUACCUUUGCCAUAACAACACCAGCAUCCCUGAGUCUGGUUGGGCAUCUUGGCACCCAGGAGUGAACAAUCACCAAGUGCCAUAGCAAGUCACACUACCAGCAAUAACAAUGCAUAGGUGUUCAGUAGGGUGCAGUUUCAUGACUUCUAGGAUAAGGAGCCGAGCCCAGGGAAAUUUGGGGGAUAUGUUUUUUUAAGGUGGCAUUUUAAUAUCCCCAGAGCUGAGUUACAUUAGAUAGUCUGCUUCUGCUCUGGAGGGGGAGGGGUAACAAAACCAAUUGAUUAAGUUGGUUUUAGGGUCUACAGUUCAACAAACUCAGAUUUUUGUUUACAUUCAGCCUACACCCUAACCCCCAGCUGGCCAACCUAAACCCAAGGUACCAUACUUUAUUUUUUAAAGUAAACCUGAUUCAUCAACUCAACACAUAAGUCAUCGACUCAACGUAAACGUUCUGACAACAUCACAAUAGGCAGUGUUGCCAUGGUGUCAGAGGGUUGGUUCUAAUGCAUCACCAAAAGUGAUGUGCCCUGCUUUUCUUUUGACCCAUACCUGGGGCUAAGUUUCUAGACCUGUAGGUCAUGUGCAUCACUAUAUUGUUUGUCUUGGAUGUGGAACUUGAUUAUACUUUUUAGGGACAUCUUAUCUGGGGCAAGGUCUGACAAUUGAGAGGGCCAAUUGAAGAUGUGAACUUUGUUGGCCACCAAAGGUAACUGAUUAAUUAGUAAUGUUCAUAAUUCAAUUUUUUUAGGUUUUGUCUUACUACUGUUAAAGAUGGUGGGAGUUUGCAUUCAGGAACAGAUAAAGCAGCCCUUAGAAUGCUGGGUGUUGUAGGUCAGCAACAGUGAAGCUUGUGAUGUCAUCUUGUUGAUGCCACCCUAUACAUUGGACCAUAUCUAAUAGUGUGUCCAUAGAAACAAUUUGGCCAAGGCACUUAAAAUACUGAACUAUGGCUGUAUUUUGAAACUAUAUACCAGCAGUACAACAAGGUGUACCAAUGCUGACUUUUUAUUGGUCAUAGCAACAAUGUGUGUUAAGAGUGGCAUCACCAAGAUGCAUAAAUGAUGGUACUUUAUGUGAUGCAUUCAUUUGCCUAAAAGGAACAUAUUUAGGUGCCAUAUGGUACUGCAGAAGAUGAUGUAGCACCAAGGUACAUUAAGGUUCAAUAUGUAGUGGCAUCACCAAACUGCUUGAAGCUUCAAUGUAAUGUAGACCACUGUCUAGAGUGACCAAGUUGAAUGAAUGGUGGCACAUUCUCUAGUACCUCAGGAGGUAUAGCACCAAGAUGCUUUCAGUAGCGUCGACAAGGUUCUUGAAUGUUGGGUUGUUUUUGUUCUUCAUUAGACCUAGUACCAAGAUACUCUUGUGGUCAUCAGUAGUAUCAUCAGAGAACACAAAUGGGUCUUCUAUGGUGCUUCAGUUGUGGUCUCACCAAGGAUUGUGAGUGGUGGUACUGCAGGAAACAUAGGACUAAGAUACCUUUGUAGUCCUAUUUCAAGAGUGGGUUCACCAAGAUGUUUGACUGGUUUUAAUAUUAUCUGUUACUGUAGGAGACAUAGAAGCAGGGUACCACCAAGGUUCUCCUCAAGGUGCAUAAUUGAAUUUUCCUCAACUGCCACAGUGUCCUGGUGCCCUGUGUCUAGUGUAUUUCGGCAGGGAACUUGGGUUCAGUAAUUGUACUGAAACACUCACUAGCCUUAUUAUACAGCAAUAACUGUAGGAACCACCAUGGGCCUUACCCAGAUGCCCAAAGUAACCCAAAAAAGUGAAGCCAUCGGGUAUAAUAUUUGCUUGCGGAUGUCACUUGUAUCACAUGACAUUUGGGUCAUGCCCCUCUUGUUCACUGUCUCCAAUAAUGUUAGAUCAUUGGCAAAUUAAUACAAAGGUUAAGGUCACUUAGGUAUGUUAUAGAUGGGCCUAUUCUAUGCCACUUUAUAGUUGGUCUUUUUUAUUUAUUUUGUAUGGUUUUAAGUUAUUAGUGCUCCUAUUUUGCCAGUUUUAAGCCUCUUGCAGAAAACAGUAUCUUUUUGGGGGCCACUAUCCCAACAAACAAACAGAUCGACCACGAGGGUCCAUUCUUAUUUUUAAUAUCUGAUCGUCUUACACUUUUGAUCUUCCAUUCUGACUUCCAAAUAGAUACUGUAUCUACUUGCUAGGGGUAAUUAAGUAGUUGUAGUGGAAGUGUGCUCCAAAGCUAGUGGGUCCUGAGUCAUCUGUAAGUAGGUCUAGCUGGUGGUUGGACUUGACUAGACUUCCAUAUGACUUCUUUGAGGUGUUCUUCCUUUAAUGCUUGUGUUACCCUAAUCUUGUUGGAAGGCUUCUUAUCUGUCAUUUGGCUCUGUCUAAACAUCUGCUGAGUAUUUACCCCUUGGGGUUAAGCCUCAAAACAAAGUCAUGCAAACCAAGAAGGUGCCUCCAGGACUUCUCAGCUCUCACAGCUUCCUUAACUUCCUUAUUAAUCCUUACUACUUGUCAUUAGCAAAUUUAAAUGUCCUAGCAGUUGAAUCAAUGUCUUUACCUAAAAGUGGUGGGACCUACUGGUCUCUUCCUGGUCCCAGGGUGCCCCUAAAUCCUUGAGUAGGGUCAGGAACAUAUCAGUAGUAUUUUGGAGAGACAAGAGAGGGGAUGAGAGACAGAAGAAGAAUGAAGGUAAAAGCAGGUUACAUAGACAAAAUAAGUGGAGAUGAGACAUAGGGGAUGCUGAGGGAGAGUAAGGUCUAGUUGGAGAGAACAAGUAGAGAAGAAUGAAGGUGAAUAAAGGACAGGAAAGAAGAGAAAUGGAAUGUUGAAUGAAUAUAUGAGAUAUGGCAAAUUCCAUUGGCAGGCCCUUAUCCACAUAGAACUUUCUGUGGAACUUCCAACCCACAAACUAGAAGCUCUUCGGAUGCAAUAUGAGGAGCCUAAAUGCAGAUUCCAAAUCAGAAUUAGAGUAAACUGAAUGGAGCAAACGACGAGACAUCUCAACGCAGGAGAUCUUCAGUAAGCAAUAGAAAUGAGAAAAAUUAAUAGAGAAGUUCAGUUCAGACUAAACUUUCGGGUUGGCCAUUUUCCUACUCUAGAUAUUGCCCGAAAGCCCUGCCUGAAGGUCACUUAGGGUGGUGAUGCUUGAGGCGAAUAUGUAGUUGCUGCCCUAGAUAUUCUUGGAUGGAAGGUUCCCCUGGGUGUUGUGCCAAAGUAUGGACCAGGGUUCAGGCUCAUGCAGCUCCUUUCAUACCCUGAAGACAACUCAACGAGAGAAAUUAGUUCAAGCCCCACUUGAAGGUCCAGUCUUUGGUCAGUCCCCAGAUUUUAGAUUUUAGUUUUAGUCAAAGACUGGACCUUCAAAUGGGGCUGGAACCUAUUUCUCUAGUUGACUUGUCUUCAGGGUAUGAAAGGAGCUGCAUGAGCCUGAACCCUGGUCCAUUCUUUGGCACCACACCCAGGGGAACCUUCCAUCCCACCUGGUGCCAUCUCCUUGCUUAGCUUAGCCCAUUUAGGUACCAAUCUAGCCAUCCAUCUCAUGUGCUCUGCUCUAUUGGGUUUGCACCUUGGUUAGUGCUGUGAUGGAAGAAAUUCACUCAACAGAUGCCUUUUUCUUGCACCACUCAUUGGCUGGUUCCUCUCUUCAACAAGUAUGGCCGCCCCCUUCCAACCAACCCAGACUAUCUACAAAGGGUUGUAGAUACUGAUCGACUCAUUUAUACACAAGGUCAAGCUGUCUAUACACAUACAAAUACGUUUUGUACAAUAAUUGCAACACGUUUGGUGGCCCAAUAUCCAGGUACAAUGUGCCAACUGGACCUUUGUGUGAUUAAAGCAACUGUCAGUUUUUCUGUU